CCGGAAUAUUCUAACUUCCGUGAAUCUGACCUUUGACACUACUAUCCCACUAUGCUUCAGGAAAACAUGGCGGAGGCAGUCACAGAUGAUGUCACUGGUGAGAAAUUUAUCCCUGCCAGCCAGCGGCCUGAUGGCACCUGGCGUAAGGCACGCAGGGUCAAGCAAGGUUACGUACCACAGGAGGAAGUACCAGUUUAUGAGAGUAAAGGAACUCAGUGGAUGAAGAGCAAGCCAACACUCCCGCCAGGUUUCCACCCAGACCCUGAGGAACAAGAGAAGCCAACUUCUGAGGAAGACAAAUAUGCUGGCAUGUCAAAAGCUGCCAAGAAAAACGCCAAGAGAAAAGAGAAGAAAAAACAACAGCAGUCAGAUGGAGGGGUCGGUCCAAUCACCCAGGGGGUAGAACAGGUUAAUCUAUCCAACCAAUCACAGCAAGCCAAGAUAAACAAUGGCCAAUCACAAGACAGCACCGCAGAACCAGCCAAGAAGUUGAAGAACCUGAAAAAGAAGUUACGACAGAUUGAAGAGUUGCAGGCAAAGAUAGAAUCAGGAGAAAUAGCUAAGCCAGAUAAAACACAGCUAGAUAAGAUAGAGAGAAAAUCAGACAUUCUAAAGGAAAUAAGAGAACUAGAAAAACAAGUAGGUUCAUAAUGGAUUAGUCUUUACCUUCAGACUUGAAGCUGAGUUUCAAGACAUAGUUAUAUAGUAUACAGAUAGGUCUGGAAUUUUUAUUCAAAACAUGUUUGCUAUCCAUACAAUGAAAAGAAAGCUGAGAUCUUGUUGAUUUUUUUCUCAUGACUUAAGCGUGAUUUUGUACCAAGGAUUAAAGUGGUUAAACACUGUGAAGUGUAAAAAAUACAGAACAAUAUUUGUCUUUGCCUGUAAGUUUGAUGUUAGGCACCGUAUACUUGCAAAUUUACCUUUAGGCCACACCAAUUUAAUUUCUUGGUUAACGGAUUCGCCCGCUUCAUUUUUUUCUGAUUUGCAAAUAAAAAUAAAAUGCUCAUAUUUUGCCCUGAACAGUUGAAAACAGUCUUUUUCUUCCUAGUUGUUACAGUUAUUCUAUCUUUCAAUGCAAUGGUGUCAUUAAAAGUUCAAACUUCAUGAUUGUUUAAAUUUUGAACCAGCCUGGUGUGAAAGGGCUCCUAUCGUACCAUUUUGGGCCAUAAUAGGAUGCCUAGGCCUGUUUUUUUUUUUCGCCCGCCCGCUCCAUUAUUUUUCUAGAAAAAUCCGUUAACCAAGAAAUUAAAUCGGUGUGGCCUUACCCAACAACAAAAGAGUAUUGCAUGUCAUCAAGAAAGAGAGAUUGCUUAGAAAAACACAUCCUAGCUUUUAGUACUUGCACUAUCCUGUUGUUUAUCUACAUUCUGAUAAUUUCAUUGUAACAAACUUGCAUUAGCAUUGCAUACAUAAAUGGUUUGACAAAUUGGACUGUACAUUGAACACUACUGCUGUUACUAAAAAAAGUACAUAGCAUAAAAGUUCAAAAGUGCCAUAAUUGUUGUAUCUAAAUAUGAUCAAGCAAUGUAUCCUGUGGAUUAACCAACGUUGAUAUAUAGCACAGUGAAAGAAGGAAAUUCAUUGCUGUGUGAGCACUGAAACAUUUGUUUCCUUCUUACUUUGCUCUUCAGUGUCAGAUCCUAAUAUCUUACAGAUGAACAUCAGUGUAUUGUGAUUAAAAUCUAGUCAAAAUUUGUGUAAGUAAGAACAAGAUGUAGCACAUUCCUUUAAGUGUGUCUUUUAAUUAUGUAAUUAGCAAUAAAAGAACUGCUGGCA